CACUAUCAAUUACUCAUACGUGUUUGUAUGAACUGCUGGUAUCAGUUCCCUAAUUACCUCAUCUUACAUUAUUAGUACAGUAUUCAAAAAAAUCAUAUCAAUUGCUAGAGCAUGGAUAAUUCACAAAACGCGAGUUACCAAGCCGGCCAGGCCAAGGGCCAAAUGCAGGAAAAGGGAAGUCAAAUGAUGGAUAAGGCAAGCAAUGCGGCUCAAUCAGCUAAGGAAUCCAUGCAGGAGGCAGGGCAGCAGGCGAAGGCCACGGCACAAGGAGCAGCCGAUGCUGUUAAAAAUGCGACGGGGAUGAACAAAUGAAGAGGGUGCAGCAGCUUCAGCACCUCUGGUUUCAUGCACGAUUGAUCCCAGAUUUCUCUUGGUUGGAGUUGGACCUCUCUCUCACAUUUUAUCUCUUCUUCUGCUUUCUGCGUACUCUUUUGGCAAUUCCCUUUUUCUUGUAGAUGUUCAUCAUUUUAUCAGUUUUCCAUCUGUAAAAGAAAAGGGGGGAAAAAAAAAAAAAGAAAAAAGAGGGAGGGUCCGUACCUGUAAUCAUGCACGGGCCGCUUGACGACUUGAUCUAAUAAAAUUCCAGUAUUUCUUCUUGGUUCUCCAAC